AUGUCCAUUUAUAAACACUAUCAUUAAAGAAGAGGAAUGAGAUUAUGGCCAAAGAAAAAUGGCUCUGAGAUUUGGUAAGAAUGUAGAACCGAGAAUUAACGAUUAAAAGAAUUAUUGGAGCACUCAAAUUAUAUUGAUCAUACAACAAGAGAUCUAAAAAAUAUAUUAGAGACCUAAUUGGAAACCAAUAUAAAGAAAUAAUUGGUUAAUGAGAGUAAUUUUUAAAUAAGCUGGAAGUAAGAAAAAACAUUAUGGAAAGCAAUGCCGUUACAUAAUCCUGAUGAUAAUUAUAUAUAUGGAAUUAGAAAAUUCUCUGAUUGAAAGAGAUCAGAAGGAUUAGAAAAGAUGUAAAACCCUUUUAUUUAAUCUUGUAAUAAAGAAGUAUUCAUAUACUCAAUAUUCAACAAGUACAAAAAGAUUCAAGCAGGAUUAAGUAUUUGGAAUAAAAAAUUAGACAGUUUUCUUUAAGAAUUCUUAACUUAACAAUGAUAAGAAUGCAUUAAUUUCGAAAAAAUAAAUUUCAUAAUUUGGAUAAACAAUACUUGAAAUCAAGUGGUUAAUUAGGACGAGAAUCAUAAGAGAUAAAAUUUAAAACUUCUAAAAGGAUAUUAAUAAAUUUUCAAGACAUAAAAUAAAUAACUAUCUCUUAUUAGAGAAUAUCCAUAAUAUGAUGAUUAUAAUAAAAUAAUUUUGGGAAAACGAAUACAAAUAUGAAGAGAGCAUUCUAGCUCUUAGAGUAUAUGAUAAAGAUUUAAAAAAACAAAUCAUCAAAAUAUUUUGA